GCACAUCUUGUAUGAUUCCUCCAUGCUCACCCUCAUGUUCGUCUUUCGUGUACUUAGUUGCCCCCGUCCGCUCCCAUCGGAUCUCGGCUGGCUCCCUCCUUUAAUCAGUCUAUUGUCGCCGCAAGACGCGUUGCAUAGCCACUGUUUACUUCGAAAGCAGAACAGCUAUUUUGAUCAUCGUCGCGGGCUGUGGUUACAUGCUACACACUCAAAGACUCUUGUACAAUUACGUCAAUGAUGACAUGCGAUACUGAGAAGAAAAAUCACAAUUUGGG